AACAUGCAUAUAUAUUAUUUAAAUUGUUAUGAAAACAGAAACGAAAACGUGGCGGGAGGGGAUUGAGAAGGAGAAGGGGAAGCAGAAGCGGCGGUUAACGACGCUUCGUGGCGGAGAAGGGUGGCCACUGAGGCAGCUGUGGGAUGUGGUUGAGCCUAUGAUGAGUUGAAGAAGCAGUUGGUCUUGCUUGGUUUUCCCUCGUUCUCUCUACCAUCUUACCCUCCCUGCCUCCCUCCUCCGAGCGACUAUGCCUAUCUCUUCUUCACCAUUAACCAAAUGUUAAACAAAUCACUCAUACUAAUCGCAAUCAUUAUAUAUAGUGCAUUCACCAUUCUCUAUUCUUCGCUCCAUUGGUGAGCAUGGGAAUCAGGGGGAAAAUGUUUUUCUUCUCUUUGCUUUCUUUCUUUCUUUCUCUUCCUCUGUUUUUCUAGGUGACCAAACAUACUAGAAGGACAAAUUAAUUGGGGUUUAUGAUGGUGAAGAUUAUAAUGCAUUUGGCUUGGGAAAUCCUUUUUCCUUUGUCUUGCAUUUGUGAUUUUUCAAAUUCUUUUUCUUAUUAUUUGCUUUUGCAGAUACGAAACAUCAGUAAAAUAAUCCAGAGUUAUUCAAGUGCCACAGCCUUGCAGGUCUUUUUUUUUUAAGAGUAGAUUUAUGUAUAGAAGUUAACUGUGGAGAAAGGUAGACUAGUAUGGCCAUAGAAACUGAUCAUUCUUAUCAUCGUCAAGCCUCUAGCAGCAUUUGGUCACGCCCAGAGCUAACAUCAGAUGGUGAAGGCCCUCAGGCAUCUCCCUCUCAAAUCCUUGAUCAUGGUUCAAUUUCUUUCGGAAGAUAUGCCACUGAGACACUUGCAUGGGAGAAGUUUUCUGUUUUCACUCAGAACAGAUGUCAUGAGGAGCUAGAGAAGUUCAGGGAACCUGGAUUAGUUGCAAAGAAGAAGGCAUACUUUGAAGAAUAUUAUAGCAAGAUCAGAGCUAUGAGGGCAUUGAAAGCAGAGCAGCAAGAAAAAACUCAGACUGGUUCUUUUCAUGAAGGACUGUGCAACGCAACAAAAGAAGAAAACAAUAUGGAGGCUGAUGCAUUGAGUGAGGAAAACAUGCCUAACAAUGCCAAUAAAAUUCAGGUCCAAGACAACGAUACAACUGCUAACUUUAACCCAUCUGAAGGAGGCACUGCAUAUAGAACCGAACAAGUCACUAAAGAAUCAGAAAGUUUCUCUGAUGGGAACAAGGAUAAAGCAAGCACAGGAGAUGGAAGAGACUUCUAUUUGCACUCCAAUCAAAAGAUCAGAAACUUCCCACAAAGACUGGCCUACCUGCAACAAAGCUGAGUUCUUCUCUAGCUAACAGAAGAGCCAGUCUGCUGUUCGAAAGGCUAAGUUGCAUCUUAUAACUAGUUAAAUGCUCUGAAGCUAAGUGAGUUGUAUAAUAUAUUCUAUUUUCAGAGAUUGCACACCACCCACUAGGAUGCAAUCAUUGAUGAGGUGGUCUGAAAAAUCUGAUAUAGAAUAUGAUACAUAACUUCUUACUGGAAAAGAACAUAGAAGAAUGAAAGCAAAGCUAUGUAUAAUCUGUAUCAAUGGAGAAAUAAUGUUUCUUUCCCAGAAUUUGUUCUUUGUGAAGCAUGUGUAUGAUCUGUAUCAAAGUUCUUGCAGAUUUUUGAAUUUCAUUUGAAAACUUCUUUUUUAUUCUAAUGUAGCUUUUUGAAUUUGAUUCAAAAUGCUACGAUGCCAUUGAUUCGGUCUAUUAGACCUAUUGUAGGCAAUAAUUACGUUGUAUAAACUGCUUUGCUUUAUAAACAAUACUUGUAAAAUUGUAGAAGGAUGUGAUGAUAUGGUCUCCAUAGUUUUCACUUUUUGGAAGUGGCAAUGCAAAACUAUUUUCUCAA